AACCGAUCAGCUACCUUGUUCCUUUCGCUUUCAUUAAAAAUUAUGAGCGAGCGCAACGCAAGUUUAUUAUGUUUAAAACAACGGAUCAGAGAUGAAUUAUCUAAUAUGUUAAAUUUCGAUCACAAAUGGAGGGAAAUUGCACAAUUUAUAAAAUUGACGAACUUUGAAAUAGAGAAAAUGGAAGAGAGUAAAAAUCCAGGUGAAGAGUUGAUCUCAACACUCGUGAGAAUGAAUAUAACAGUAGAUAGACUUUGCAAUUGGUUGAAUGAAAUUCAAUUAGAAAGGGGUGCUGAUCUUUUAGCACCAUAUAGAACAGAAAAAGUUCCAGAGUAUAAGUUUGAACUUUCCGACUUAAAUUUGGUUCCUAGUGUAUACAAACGACGUGUUCCAAAGGAAGAGGAAAUAAAUGAAGAUAUACAAAAGUUUCUUCAACUUUAA